UAACGCUACUGGGCUGUCUCUUAGAAGAGGAAGGCUCUGCUGAGUUUUAUUAAUAAACAUCAGAUCCAACGAAAAUUUGGUCGGAAAACACGUUUCUAUGUAUUAUAUAAAGCAGUGAACAAUCACUGACGUUGGAUUGCAAUGCGAAAAACGUAGCUGAGAUAUUCUUUAAGUUAACAUUAGCUUCAGCUUCUGAGCUGGUAUCUUCCUUUAAUAAUGCUUUUGCCUGUCUCUGGAAUAAGUUAACCCAAAGUUAUACUUGCCUCAGGAUACGUGCAGUCGAAGGGUGCUUUUCGGGAUCUGGUGAUAUUAAUUUGGUGUUUGAUAUGUAUACUUUAGCAACUCUCCUUGCUAAGCAGAAAAUGCAUUUGUUUUUAUUAUUUGUGGGUCCAAUAUGGCGGCUACGGCUAGUGCGCAGACUCGUUGGGCGGGAUGGAAAAUAUGUGGCUUGGAAUAGUUUAGUAAUAUAAAUAUAUAAACCAUAAAGUAAUACUGCACCCAAUAUUCAUGUGAGCAAGUGAAAUGAAUUAAUAGUAAAAUAAAAACCAAUGGCUACAAAAAAUAUAUAGCCUAAUACGGUCAAUAAUCAUCCCAUUAAGUUACGCCUAAAGUGCACUGAUAAGACCAUUUGGAGAGUUCUCGAAAGUGUAUUAAGAAAUGUUCCCAACAGUAUUUAGGAUUCAACACCUAUACGUAGCGCUUAAUUUGCAUCUGGUAACUAACAAGACAGACGACUAGACAUCCAAAUAGACGUGUAAAUUGUAAUGUAUAGCUGUGGCAUUGGUAUCACACAUAUCUUUCAUAUUUUAAUAGAGAAGUUACUAGUGAACGUAAAUAAACACUAAUUAUAAUUGCAUACCAGUCGCCUUGGCUAUACCAUAACGUAUUGACCUUAGGCUCAAAAGACCCACGGAACUACAUUUCCCACAAUCCAAAGGGUCGACAAAGGUUUCGUUUCGUCACGUCCCAGUUCGCUUCCUGUCGAAGUGUUCAGGGAUACAUGACACAGUUGUUUGGGAAUUAUACACGAAAAACCGUUAACACAUAAAAAACAUACACACGGGAUUGUCCGACCUCAACCACCUAUAUUGCGGUGGGAUUCAAAAUAGGCCGCGAUGGAGGCGGUCCCACGCAUGCCGAUGAUCUGGCUGGAUCUGAAGGAGGCUGGGGAGUUCCCGUUCAGCCCCGCGGUCAGGCAGUUCAUCCUGAAGAACUAUGGGGAGAACCCAGACAACUACAACGAGCAGCUGAAGAAACUGGAGACCCUGCGGCAGAGUGCUGUGAACGUAACCAGGGACUUUGAGGGCUGCAGUACCCUGAGGAAGUACUUUGGACAGCUGCAUUACCUCCAGAGCAGGGUCCCCCUGGCGCCCGGACAGGAAGCUGCCGUGCCCAUAUCAUGGACAGAGAUAUUUUCUGGGAAGACGAUCACCCACGAGGACAUCAGCUAUGAGCAGGCCUGCAUCCUUUACAACCUGGGGGCCCUGCACUCCAUGUUGGGAGCCAUGGACAACAGAGUGUCCGAGGAGGGGAUGAAGGUGUCGUGCACUCACUUCCAGUGCUCAGCGGGGGCCUUCUCCUACCUGAGGGACCAUUUCAACCACAACUUCAGCGUGGACAUGAGUCACCAGAUCCUCAACCUCAACAUCAACCUGAUGCUGGGCCAGGCCCAGGAAUGUCUCCUGGAGAAGUCCAUGUUGGACAACAGGAAGAGCUUCCUGGUGGCGCGCAUCAGUGCUCAGGUGGUGGACUACUAUAAGGAGGCCUGCCGGGCCCUGGAGAACUCUGAGACGGCCUCCAUGCUGGGGAAGAUCCAGAAGGACUGGAAGAAACUGGUCCAGAUGAAGAUCUACUACUUUGCUUCCAUCGCCCACUUCCACAUGGGAAAACAAGCGGAGGAACAGCAGAAGUAUGGAGAGAGGCUGGCCUACCUGCAGAGUUCAUUGGACAAACUGAACGAAGCCACCAAGCUGGCCAAGGGUCAACCGGAUAGUGUCCAAGACGCCUUGAGAUUCACCAUGGAUGUUAUCGGUGGGAAAUUCAACUCUGCCAAGAAAGACAACGACUUCAUCUACCACGAAACGGUUCCAAAUUUGGAAACCCUGGCCUCCGUCAAAGGCGCCCCGCUGGUGAAAGCCCUGCCGGUCAACCCCACCGAUCCCAGCGUGACCGGACCCGACCUGUUCGCCAAGCUGGUGCCCAUGGCCGCCCACGAGGCCUCCUCUCUCUACAGUGAGGAGAAAGCCAAGCUUCUGCGAGACAUCAUGACCAAGAUAGAGAGCAAGAACGACACUCUGGAGCAGUUCAUGGACUCCCUGGGCUUGGAGCUGGAAUCUGUAGACAACCUGGAGCUGUACAGCCACCUCCCCCCCGUCCUCAUGGAGAAGUGUGCUGCGCUCAGCGUGCGGCCGGACACCGUCAAGAGCCUGGUGCAGUCCAUGCAGGUGUUGUCGGGGGUGUUCACCGACGUUGAGGCCUCGCUCCGGGAGAUCCGGGAUGUCCUGGAUGUCCUGGAGGAGGACCAGGCCGGGCUGCGGGCCCUGCAGGAGGCCCCCGAGGUCCACCCCGCCGCCCAGGCCCAGGCGCUGACUGAGAUCCGCCGGGACCUGGAGAAAUACGCCGAGGCCCACGAGAAGGCGAGCUUCACCAACACGGAGCUCCACCGAGCCAUGAACCUCCACAUCAGCAACCUGCGGCUGCUGGGGGGACCCCUGGACAGCCUGAGGGACGCCCUGCCACGGCCCCAGCUCAACGAGGAGGAGGUGGCGGGGCUCCAGUGUAUGAAGCGUAUUCUGGGGAAGGUUCAGGAGAUGAGGGACCAGAGGAGCUCCCUGGAGAAACAGCUGCGUGACCUCAUCCAGCAAGAUGACAUCACUUCCUCCCUGGUCACCACGGACAGGGCCGACAUGAAGCGGUUGUUCGAGGAGCAGCUGAAGAAGUACGAGCAGGUGAAGGUGUACAUCGAGCAGAACCUGGCGGCCCAGGACAACAUCCUGAAGGCGCUGACGGAGGCCAACGUCCAGUACGCCACGGUCCGCAAGGGGCUGGCCCACACGGAGCAGCAGUGGAACGCCACGGUGCAGACGCUGGUGGCGUCCUACGAGGCCUACGAGGACCUGAUGAAGAAGUCCCAGGAGGGCAAGGAGUUCUACGACGACCUGGAGGCCAAGGCCUCGCGGCUGCUGGAGCGGGCCAGGACCCUGUGCCAGGGCCGGGCGGAGCAGAGGAAGGGCGCGCUGGACCGGGAGGCCCUGAAGAAGCCCCCAGCCCGGCCCACCGCAGCCAAGCCCACCCUGAUGGCCAAGAACUCUGACAGCGACUCGGCCUGCUCCAGCCUGGACGACCCCGAGCUGGCCCAGCUCAGCGCCGCCAUCCUGGCCCUGGGGGGCGACCUGCCCGAGGAGCUGCGCAGCAUGCCCCCCGACCUCGCAUCCCACCCCGCCGAGGCCUACCUGCCCCCCGGCAGCGCCUCCCUGCCCUGGCCCGGCGCCGUGGCGCCCCACGGGGCCACCCACCGCUUCCCCGCCAACCUGCCCCCGCCGGAGCUCCUGGCCCGCAUGGCCCAGUACCCCGGCCCGGGCGGGCCCCGCCCCCAGACGCACGCCCAGGGCCCGCCGCAGAUGCCCCCCCACGCGGCGGUGUCCGGGUACGGCCCUCCCCAGGCCCCCCACCCCGGCCCGGUCGGGUCCCCCCAGGUCCGUCCGUCCACCACCACCGUGGACAGCAUCCAGACGCCCAUCCCCAGCUACGCCCCCACCCAGCGCUACCCCCGGGGCCCGGCGGCCCCCGGGGGCUACCCGGCCCCGCCCCAGAUGGGGCCGUACCCGCAGUUCGUGCCCCAGCCGGGCAUGCCCAUGCCAGGACCCCCGCCCCAGCAGUUCCCCCAGCCUCCCAGGCAGCAGAUGCCCCAGGGGUACCCUGCCGGCCCCGCAGCCAUGCCGGGACCCCCGCAGGCCUACCCCCACGGGUACAUGGCUCCGCAGCAGAGGCCGGGCCUGCCUCCCCAGUACCCACAGGUGUUCCCCGGGCAGCCCCACCCACAUAAAGGCUACAUGACGCAGCCCCAGCACCCGCCACAGCACCCUGGUCAGCACCCACAUCAGCCCCCGCACCCACAACAGCCCCAGCACCCACAACAGCCCCAGCACCCACAACAGCCCCAGCACCCACAACAGCCCCAGCACCCACAACAGCCCCAGCACCCACAACAGCCCCAGCAUCAGCCCCAGCACCCACAACAGCAUCAGCCCCAGCAUGGUGCCCCAAUGCCCCAGGGCUAUCAGCCCCCACAGGGGUAUCUGCCCCAGCAGCAUCCCCAGAUGAUGCCGGGCCCCAUGCCUCCUCACACCAUGCACCCCCACAUGCUGCCCGGGCCCCAGCUGCCGCCCGCGGGGCCCCAGCCUUACAUCCUGCCUGGCAACCAGCACAUUCCCCCCGGGCUGCCCCCGCAUCACAUGAUGACCCAGCAGCCCAAGCAGGUCCCAGGGCACCCCGGUGCGCCGCAGCAGCAGAUGGGCCCCCACCACCCUCACCCCCACCAGCAGAUGCACAUGCCCCCCGGUCCCCGGCCCCAGAUGCCCGGCGGCCCCAUGCCGCCCACUUCCCUGCCCAUGCAGCCGCCCCAGCAGCAGCAGCAGCCCCUGCCCGGGCAGCUGCCGAUGGCCCACCUGCCCCAGCAGCCCAUGGGGAUGGCCGGCCUGCCCCAGGGCCAGCCGCCCCACAUGGGGCCCGUGUGCUACCCGGGGGGGCCGCCGGUGAUGCCGCAGCAGCCCCUGGCGCCGCAGCCUCUGCACCCAGCGCACCUCCAGGCCCACCCCGCUCCCGCCGUCUACACCACGGGCCCCGGGGCCAAUGCCCCCCCGGGGGCCCCCCAGCCGGGUGGCAUGAUGGCCCCGCACGGCGCCCAGCAGAUCCCCCCCGCCCAGCAGCACAUGAUCCAGCCCUCGCCGGGGGGUCUGCCCGUCGCCCUCACGCCCAACAGCAUCCCGCCCGCCCCCUCGCCUUCCCCCUCGCCGUCUCCCUCCCCGGCCCCCUCCUCUCUGGGACUGACCCCCCAGCAGAGGCCCUCCCCGGCCCCCACGCCCGGAGGAGCGCCGGCCCCGCCCUCGCCGUCGCCCGCCGUCCCCUCCCCCGCCGGCUCCACCUCGCUCUUCCAGCGGCAGAACUCCAACACGGACGACCUGCUCUCCUCCAGCCCCGAGAGCCUCCCGGGGGGGCCCAAGGCCCCCGCCAACGUCCUGCAGCCCACCAAGGCGGACCCCCAGGACGGGGAGCGCCGCAAGAAGGGCGCCGGGGGCGUGUCCCUGAUCCAGGGGGACCCCUACCAGGCGCCCGAGCGCAUCGCCCGGCUCCACGGGCAGCUGGAGCGCUACCGGGCGCAGGUGGACGCCCUGGAGCUGCCGUCGGAGGGCGAGGGCGGGGCCUCGGUGCUGGACGCCCGCUGGAGGGAGCUGCAGGAGCAGCAGGAGAAGGACGCGCGCCAGCGGUCCAUCGCCAUCGCCCGCUGCUACAGCAUGAAGAACCGCCACCAGGACGUCAUGCCCUACGACGUCAACCGCGUGGUGCUGCUCUCGGGCAAGGACGACUACAUCAACGCCAGCUACGUGGAGGAGCUGUCGGCCUUCUGCCCGCGGCUCAUCGCCACGCAGGCGCCGCUCGCCGGCACGGCGGCCGACUUCUGGCUCAUGGUGUACGAGCAGAAGGUGGCACUGGUGGUCAUGCUGGUGUCGGACCAGGAGCUGGAGAAGGGGAAAGUCCUGCGCUACUUCCCUACAGAGCGUGGCCAGCAGGUCUCCCAGGGACCAAUAACGCUCACCCUGACCACGCAGAAGACCACGCCCACCCACGUGGAGCGCAUGAUCAGCCUGCAGUACCGCGACCAGAGCCUGAAGCGCACCGUGGUCCACCUGCAGUACAACUCCUGGCCCGAGCUGGGUCCGCCAGACAGUAAGGGCAGCCUGCUGGGUUUCAUCCAGGAGGUCCAGGGUCACUUCCAGCACCAGAGACCCCUUCACACCCCCAUCAUAGUGCACUGCAGUUCGGGUGUGGGGCGCACCGGCGCCUUCUGCCUGCUGUACGCGGCACUGCAGGAGCUGGAGGCCGGGAACUGCAUCCCCGACCUGCCGCUGCUGGUGAAGAAGAUGAGGCAGCAGAGGAAGAACAUGCUGCAGGAGAAGCUGCACCUGAAGUUCUGCUACGAAGCCGUCCUGAAGCAUGCAGAGGUCCUGCUGCAGCGCCAUGGCAUCACCAGCGCCACCUACAGCAAGAACACCAGCACUGCAGCCACCAAGCCUUACUCCAGACAGGAGUCCCAGCAGGACCUGGUCCUGGGGGGGGACAUGCCCAUCAGCUCCAUCCAGGCCACCAUCGCCAAGCUCAGCAUCCGCACGCCCAGCCUCUCGGACCAGCCCGCCGACGCCCCCUGGAGCCUGGAGGACCAGCCCCUGCCGGCGGGCCCCCAGCCCCUCCAGGAUGCCUGGCCCGCCCCCGAGGGCCCCCAGCAGCCCCCGGCCUCCCUCAGCCCCCCGCCCGCCGCCUCCCCCGCCAAGACCCCCUCCCCGCCUCCCAACGGCGUAGACGCCUCCGCGGCCCUCGCCCCCUCUCCUCCCGUAGCGGUGGCGGAGGUGCCCGACGGCCCCCCUGCCCCCGGCGCCUCCCCCCCCACCCCCCCGGCCUCGGCCCCGUCCUCCCUGGAGCUGCUGGCCUCCCUGGCGCCGGAGGCCUUCUCCAUGGAGGGCGGGGGCAUGGGCAAGCAGAGGGUCACCAGGCAGAGCUUCCUGCAGCCCACCGAGGGCCAGGGCCUGCAGGGGGCCCGGGAGCGCGGGGCCGACGACCCCCUGAGCAGCCUGGACCCCCUGUGGAGCCUCAACAAGAGCUGAGGGCCCGCCGGCGCCGGCGACCAGCCUCCACACACACGUACGCCUCCACCCUUUCUCACCCGGCGUAAAAUAAAUCAAAAGCGGUCUCUUCUAGGCCUCGACACUCACCUGUAGCACUUUGUAGACGGCGGAAGAUCAGUCUUGUGCGGGGAGGGGGGGGAGUUGGGGUCGGCCAGCUCUUUAGCAACAGAAUCACUGCUCUCUCUCUCUCUCUCUCUCUGUCUGUUUCCUGUGUCACUGUCCACCGCUCGUGCUCCCUCUCCGGCGGACGGAUUCCAGUUCUGCACUCCCUGCCUUAGAUCGCUUAGAGCAUUAAAAAGCACCACAUUCCCCAGCAUGCACCUCUUUACACUUUAGUGCUUCAGCCCAUUGACCUGACGUCCCAGCUCCCCCGCCCCCCCCGCCUCUGAGGUGGCAGUUGCCGUGGUUACCGCGGAGGAGGAUGCAGGGGGGGAUGUCUGGGACCGUGAAUGAUUUUAAUGACGAACUAUUGUUUGCACUGUUUAGAUGCUCCGUCAUUAUGUUGUAUGACUUUUGUUAUGGGGAUAUCUGCAGUAAGGUUGUAUGACUUGAUUGUUGCUAUAACCACACGAAAUCGACACAUUUAAACUAAUUGAUUUAUUUCCCUUGCGUUUCUCUCUUCUGUAACACUGUAAAUAUAUUAAAUAAAACUAGACUAUGGCAACUUACUUACUGUGUAGUGGAAUCUAUUUCAAACUUCACUGCACAUAAAAUGUCUAAACAUCUUCCAAACUGCUUGUCCACAUUAUCCGUAGUCAAUAGAAUCCACCAGAUGCUAUUGUCAAUAGAACCUGGUGAUAUUAUCCACCGGAUGCUAUUGCCACCAGAUUCCAUAUAAAAAUUACGACUCCAACCAAUUAGAAAACGUGUGGUAUCAAAGCUUCUUUAUUUGAAAAUUAGUACAAAGUGUUUCACCUUGGGUUACAAAACAGUAGAAGAAGAGGUAUCAGGAGAGGGCUGCAGUAGAACCCGACUACCUUCCUGUCUUCUCACUUAACCAACCGCCUUUUCUCGCUUGUUUCCACGGCAACAUUAAACCCAGGAUGGAUAAUUGUAUCUUCCUGUCUUGACAGCCAGAGCAGAGGGUCAUGUGUGAAUCAGCCAUACAAAUAAAACCAUUUAACUGUACAGUUGCAGCGGGAACAGAGCUGAACCUAGCGAUGAUAUGGUCACCCGGGGGACAACUAAAAUAUUGAUCGUAAUUAAGACGCUUGUAUUAUUGGAUACGAGGUACCGUACAUUUAGAUCAAUCCAUCCAGAAACAAUAAAAACAACCGACUGACUGCUUGUUUAGUUUACCUUGAUUUGGUGGCAUUAGUAUACAUGUGGAAUUAAUCCUCCAAAAGGGGGUGAAUCUACCUUAAAUCACCUUGUCUCUCUUCCCAGUCCAGAAUAACCAAUUUCACAUACAAAGGAAAAUAUCCUGAAAGCUUCCUCACCUACGGGUUUAUACGACAAACCAAAUCGCUAAUAAAUUAACACUCAAUUGAUGGAGGCAGCUCUGGAUUGCCAUGGGAACCAGUGGGCGGGGCUGUGAUAGUCUGAAGGUUCCGUCGCUGGGGGGACGGUGUGAUGCUAGCUGAGCGAUAUUAAGAUUUAAGAAAAAAAAAGAUUUUUCUUAGUCUAAGCAUUUUGCUAUAGAUAAUCCGAUGUUCUUUAAGGGCCCUAACACACAUUCUUAUAAACGAUCGGCAUACAUUGAGAUAUCAUCAUUUAGUUUUUAUCGCGACACGACGAUAACAAAAUUCCAGUCUCAGUCUCGUACCACUAUAUCAAUAUAAUAUUCCUUUUGACAAGAAUGAAAAUGUUCAAAAAGAAACUAAAAACAGAGCACCUCCAUUUAGCUGGGUGCCAGUGAUAAGGGGCUACAGGUAGCCUAGCUUCAUGACUAAAUUUCACUGGUGUUCAUGUCAGCACCUUGAUAAAAGUGUCUGUAUGUGAGCACAAGCUUCUAGGGGCAUUAUUAGGCCUAGUGCAUGGGUUAAAGCGCCGGGAAGAUACAGUAAAUGAAAAACAGUUUCUGGGGUUGAAGCCGGUCUUCACGACAUGGUCAAUUGGCUAAGGGUUAGAUGAUGGCUUACUCACUACAGAGGAAAUACAUUCUGUGUAUGUAUCACAAGCAUCAGUGAAACAUUUACCACAUGACGGCGGGUUGGGAACACACACACACACACACACACACACACACACACACACACACACACACACACACACACACACACACACACACACA